AUGGGAUCUGCCACCCCGAGUGCGGCUGGGGUGGCGGAUCUUCAGGUGAUCCUUAUUUCCUAUGAAUUCAACACCAGGAAGUUUUCAAUGGUCAUCACCAGACGCAGCGUCCUACCACAGCUUCAACAGCAGGCAGCACUCGGACACUGCCGACAACUAGUCCCCUUAGUGUGUGUGCUGGGAGGACCUGAGCCACCUCCACCCCACCCUGCCCUGACACACUGGAUCCCCACCAAACCUCUCCCUGCCCCUCCCUGUGGGGGAGGAGGAGGUCUGCGCCCCGCCCGCCCCGGCCCAAUCACCUUCAGGCUUGGGGCAAAGGGUGCGCUGCGGCUGCCCCGCCCUGACCUGAAGGGCUUCCUGCCACAGGAGGAGGAGGAGGAGGAGGAAGAGGCGCGGGUGCCCCCCCGGGGGACACGACAGCGGCGACGACGAGCCCUCCGUCCUGCACCCCCCGGCCCCCGAGCCCCGCCCCACCCACCAUCAGCCACACCAGUCCCUACCACAGCCUCUGUCCCCCGCCCCACACCAGGAGCGACUCAGAGCUGCCCUCCGCUGCGCCCCCUGCUCCCCCUAAAGCAGCAGCAGCAGCAGCAACAGCCACAGCAGGUGUACAGCUGGCCCUACCCUCCACAACCACAGCAGUUCCAGUACCCUUAUGAUGCAGCUGAGGGGACUGACACUGCCACCACCACCACCACCACUGCCACUACCGCCACAACAAGGGUUAUUCAGGUGUUGCCCCAAUAUGCUUCAACCCCACAGCCCCACUCCCCCAUGACAGUGCAGGCAGGGAAUGUCAUACAGGCUACCACCACCAUGACCACCAUGACCACCACCACCACCAUGACCACCGCCACCACCACCACCACCACCACCACCACCACCACCACCACCACCACCACCACCACCACAGCACUCAGCGUGGCACAGAAGGAACAGAGCCAGGCGGAAAACAAGGACUAAGAUCCACUGCCACUUCCAAAUAAGAGGUGAACCAGGCCAACACAAGACAGAUGGGAUGCAAGAACACUGUUGACACAUCAAUACUUCAUACAAGGCAAUAAAGCGGCUACCACCACCAUGACCACCAUGACCACCACCACCACCAUGACCACCGCCACCACCACCACCACCACCACCACCACCACCACCACCACCACCACCACAGCACUCAGCGUGGCACAGAAGGAACAGAGCCAGGCGGAAAACAAGGACUAAGAUCCACUGCCACUUCCAAAUAAGAGGUGAACCAGGCCAACACAAGACAGAUGGGAUGCAAGAACACUGUUGACACAUCAAUACUUCAUACAAGGCAAUAAAGCGGCUACCACCACCAUGACCACCAUGACCACCACCACCACCAUGACCACCGCCACCACCACCACCACCACCACCACCACCACCACCACCACAGCACUCAGCGUGGCACAGAAGGAACAGAGCCAGGCGGAAAACAAGGACUAAGAUCCACUGCCACUUCCAA